AUGGGCUCCUUCAAGGCUUCAGCAGCCAAAGCAGAUCUUGCCGUGACAGCGGUGGAUUCGACCCAUGACCUCAUCAAGAGUCAUUUCGGGAGUCUCGAUGCUUUCCUGGAGCGUCACCAGGCUGACGUCUUCUGCGUGCAGGAGACAAAAAUCCAGGCAGCAUACUUGAAGAGCUUGGCUGACUGCCAGCGGCUGGGAGCUACGUCGGCGCGUUACCGGAGUUUCUGGGCAUUCAACACUGAGUCAGACCGCGGGUUUAAUGGUGUGGCAACAUGGAUCAGGAAAGAUCUCGCGCAACAUGCCCGAGCCACACAGACGGUUCUACGUGAUGAGAUGGAUAGAGAGGGACGUUGUUUGUUAGUUGACUUGGGCAGCCUGGCAGUCUUCAACGUGUACGCUCCUCGGUUACGCUUGACAGAUGAUGGGGAGGCGCAAGAAGAAUCCUUGCAGCGAAAGGUGAAGUUCUUGCAGCUACUACAGGCUCGAAUUGAAGAGACCCGGAGCCUUGGCAAGCAGGUCGUUAUCUGCGGUGAUCUGAAUCUUACAUAUCGGGCAGUCGACGUAAAGCCUGCUCGCUUGUGCGUCAAGGUUGAGGAGGGUUGUAUCCUUGGCCGAAGAGCCUGGCCAUUGUCCGAGAAAGCCUGCCGUAAAUCCGCUAAGGAAGGGGCGUACAUAAGGGUUGCAGAGGCCAUCAAGGAGUUACAAGCUCAAGUGACCAUGACGGCGGAGCUGGCGAGGAGUUGUGUUGACGCUCUAAAGCCAGGUCCAGAAGGUCCCAGAGUGCCUACGGCUCUCACAGAGCUGCCAUCAGACCUGCCUUCGCUUCCUCCAGAUCGCAUCCUGACGGGGAUUACGCUCAUCGAAGGCUCUGAGGCAAAGGCCCAGAAGGCUGCCUUGCCGAAGCUCUGGUGUUGGAGUGCAGCUGCGGCAGAGGAAACACCAGCAGGCAGUCUGGAAGGCCUUGAUGACCACCAGCUUGUGCUGAUGGACUUUGGUAUUCCCUUGGAAUGGCUGGAGAAGUUGGCCGUUCUGCCGCACAAGAUGACGGAGCCGCAGUGUGUCGACUGGCUGUCAGCCCUUGUGGGACCUGAAGGUGCCUUCGUCGACACAUACGCAUUCUGUCAUGAAUCUGUGCUUGGCCGAUACACUGCCUGGAGCUGGCAAUGCAACCACCGCUUCAUAAACUAUGGAACGCGUUUGGAUUACAUCCUUUGCGACAACUCCAUGCAGAAGCACCUGGUGAGGACGCAGUCAUCGGACCUUGCAGGCUCCUCGCAGCGACAUGGAGCCGCUACAGCGGAGGCCGCUUUGGAUGCUGCAACCUGCUUCGGUGCUUGGCACGGCACCCCCAGAGUUGCCCACCCAAGUGCGCCCAGAGUUUCCGAAGACGUUGGAGAUCGAGGGCUCAACCUACAAAAGGAUGACAUGCGCUUGAACAGCUCCCAGUUCCGGCCACCGCACACUGGCAUGUUGUACACUCCACCCAAGUACUCAGAUCACAUUCCGGUUUGCGCUUUCUUCAAAGGCCUCUCCCUGGUGGGCCAGUCGCCUGUGCUCUCUGAAGCAGAGACUCGACUAACGCUGGCAGCUGCCCAAGCUGUGGAAGAGUUUUCCUUCAAGAUGCUGUGUUCUGCAGCGGUUGUGGCAAGCGGCGUGACGGAUCUCCUGCGAUUGGGUGCAGAACUUGGGAAGCACAAAGCUUCAAAGUCCAUCACUGGGCCUGGCAAAGCUCCUGAGCUGCCUCCAGCAUCUCCCAGGUACACUCCACGCCUAAAGGUGGCGGAUGGUGUGUACGACUACGAGGGUCCCCUUUGGGCUCCUCCGCAAGAGGAUGUAUCUGAGCUUCGCAUGCUGCGCACAGUUCUCCAGGCCAUGGUUCGCCAAGCCGCCUGCGAUGCCGAGGCUGAGGAUGCCAAGGCUAUGCUGGGACCUGGUGCUGGAGCUUGCGGACUGCCGGCGUUUUUUAAAGUUCUCGACCCAUUAGACAAGGGCCACGUUCUCGAUACGGACCUUCUGCAGUUGGUCAAGGAGCAUGAAGCACCAGUCUCCUUUGCCAGCCUUUGCUCCUUAGUCCACGAAGCUAAUCUGCGACGAGGAGGAAGUCCGCUUGGAUACCUCACCUUCCGGGAUGUUGGGAAGCUGAUCUACCCCAUUCAAUCCAAGGAAUACAAAGCCAUGUGCGAGUCCUCAACGGAUGGAGAAGCCAAGUCAAUCCUCUACCUGUUGCAGUUCUCGGAGCCGUGCCCACGCUGCGGAUUUCGAAUUCAGCGAGAUUCCGAUUCCGCUGGCUGCCCAAACGUGGUGUGCAGCCACUGCCAGGCUUCCUUCAGGUGCUUCGUGGUGGCCAGGCCCUUUCUGGAUGGACCAAGAGCUUCUGCUGCAGAUCGCUAUACUCUGUGCAGACUUGUGGCGGCUGUUGCUAGAACAGCAGAGAACCUGGAGCUGGACCGAAAGAGACUGGCCGCCUACGUGGGGCUUGAUCAGACCUGCUUGAAGCAGGUCUUCUAUUACAUUUCCUCUGGGCAGCCCACCUUCGAUGUGGUGGGAUUGCGUCAGGCUUUUCGGGAUCAACAAAUCCCCGUAGCAGAAAAGGAAUUGGACUUGAUGUGGCAGCGCUACGCCACAAGUCUUGGAGCUGGAGUUUCUUUGGAGCACUUCCAGCGCCAGCUGCGAUACGACCCCAUGUGGACACCGGAGGGCUGCACAGCCACCAACAGGCUGCUUGUGGCAGUAGUGCAGACUGUCCUGCGGCAAGCAGUGGCCGAUGCUGCUGCCGAAGAUGGCAAGGCGCUGCGCCCGAAGUGCCCGCUCGUGGCGCUCUUCAGGAGCCUGGAUCCGAUGGGCAAGGGCUACCUGCUGGACACCGACUUUUGGCAGCUAGUUCAAGACUUCCGGGGUGCCUGCACUUUUUCCAGCCUCUGCACUCUCGUACAAGAAGUUCAACUGCGACGCAGGUAUGACGACACAAGCCAUCCGGGACGGCUUUCUCUGAGAGAGUUCGGAGUGUUGGUGUAUCCGCUGGACUCAAAAGAGUACGAGGCCCUCCGAAAAUGUUCCACAGACAUCGAGGCCAAAUCUGUCCUCUACGUUCAGCAGAAUUCGGAAGCCUGCCCUACCUGCGGACUCCGGGUGCAGCGCGACUCGGACUCCACAAGCUGCCCUGAGGUUCAGUGCCCGUUGUGCCGGACGGUCUUCCGCUGCACGGCUGUCGCCAGCUCGCCUGCAGGCUGGGAGGAUGAUACUGGUGCCAGCCGCCUGUCCGUUCAGGCACGCCAGCAGCUGUACCGCACUGUCGUGGCAGAAGCAUCGGCCGCGGAGGAGCUGGAGAAAGACAGGCUGCGACUCGCUCAGUUUAUUGGUCAUGAUAUCACCGCUCUGAGCGAUGUCUUCAAUUUCCUUGCACAGGGCCGCCAGAGCUUCACGCUUCCUGACUUGAGGCGUGCCCUAACACAUCUGCAGCUUCGAUCAUCUGAGAUCCAUUUGGAGCUGAUAUGGAAGCGAUAUGCACCACCCGGCCAUGGGCCAAGCGAGGCAACAAUUGCAUAG